UUCUCAUCCUCGUUUUCUCAGCGCUGCCAUUCUCAUCACCAUCGCCCUCUCAGUACUACCGUUCUCAUCACCAUCAUCUCCCACGCGUCAUCCGAUCAACCUGCUAAUCCCCCACCCCCUCCUCCCCCAGGCGGGCUGAGCCUUCGCAUCCGUAACUUCGAGGUCCCCCUCCACGUGCCUCGGGGCGACCGCGCGGUCCUCAAGUGCGAGUUCGACCUCCAAGGCGAGCGCCUCUACUCCGUCAAGUGGUACAAGGGAGGCAGGGAGUUCUUCCGCUACGUGCCCAACGAGAGGCCGAUGAAGCAGUCCUACAACGUCACGGGAAUAGAGGUCGACCACGAGGCGAGCACGGGACAACAGGUGGUGCUCAAGGACGGGACGAUGAGGACCACGCCGGGCAGGACAAGGGCGAAGGGACGGCCGAAGGCCCCAGCCCAAACACGGCUGAGUGAGAACGCCAUCCUGACCGUCGUGGCCAUCCCCAAAGAGAAGCCUAUCGUCCAGGGCGCGCAGGAGAGGUAUCGUCCCGGCGACUACGUGCGCGUCAACUGCACUUCCGCUCCUUCCAAGCCCGCUGCCACCCUCACCUGGUUCAUCAACGAUAAUAUAGUCCCCAGCGAAUACCUGGUCCGCUACCCGCCUAUCAUGCUGCCCGACGGCCUCGAGCAGUCGACCCAAGGGCUUCACUUCAAGGCGACCCACGAGCACUUCCCCCACAACAUCAUGUCUCUGCGCUGCGCCGCCUCUAUCGGCUUCUUUUACAACAAAACGGAGGAGACCAGCCUUGAGACCCACCGCCCCGCGCUCUCUCUCGAGAGUCGUAAACACUUCUACGGCAGCAGGAGCGCUCCCUUGCCCCGCGGUUCCCUGGGCUUGACUCUGGUCCUGCUCGCCUGCGCACUGGGCGCCCUCAGAUAAGCACUUGGCGGGUCUCAGGGGCGCCCUUGCCCUCCUGUCAUCGGCCGAUGCUCUUAGGUGAUGCGAGGUCAGAGGCUUCCUGGAGUGCCGUGACCUGGCUCGACCCGCGCCGGCCUCCGAUCGGCCUCCCUGUGGCCUCGGUCAGUGCGCUCGUCCGCUGCCUCCAAAGUAUUAAGGAAAGACGCUUAACUGGCCCUUCAGUUAACACAAGGAUUUUAGCUGUGUCACAAAAGGCUUUGAAAUAAUUAAGAUGAAUUAUUUGUGUAGUGUCAUAUCACCAUUAUGUUUAUGGUGAAAGCAAGAUGCGCUGUACGUGAUAUUCAUUGCAUCCUGGGCAUCAACAUGUGCUUUCAAUUGCUAAAUUUGGGGCAAUGAAUAACAUAGCUUCCUGACAUGUUUUCAGCAGUGUUGAUUUAUAGGUGUGUGUGUCCAAGUGCGGUAGACAGUGUUUGAGCAUGGUUGAGUGUCAGUAUGAGUGCGCGCAUGAGUGAUUCAUUAAUUUAUUUUUGUAUUCAGAUUAACGUGUUUAGACUUGUCAAGAACACAGCUGGCGUUGCUUCGUGGUGAAGCUUGGUGGUCAAGUCUCGGUGUGUCUACAAGCAACUGUGAGUUCGUCCUGAUACAA